GAGCAAUGAUGUCGUGUGCAGGGGAAAUUAUUUUGUGUCUGCUGUUUAUUACGAUUCUAGCAUCUUCCAGAUGCGAUCCGUGCGAGGACUAUUCUCAGCUCCCGAAUCCUUACGACCGCUACCUCAAAAACAACAUCAGCGGAUCGGAGGGCAGCGUAUUACACGACAGACAUCUACCAGAAGGGUGGUACAGGGCGGGGCGUGCCCUGGACAUGGCGACCACGCCCCCGUCUGGUGUCCUCCAUUGUGGCACAGUAUUCCCUGCGUGGAUGAACGGGAGUAUUCCGAAUACUGCUGAUGGAGAAGUAAUUAGAGAGGUCUGUUUUCUGGGUCACAUACAAGGAAAUUUUUGUGUUCAUCAUUUGGAAAUCAGGGUAAAGAAUUGUGGACCGUUCAGAGUAUACAAUCUUCCUUCAACUCCCAGUAAUGACGAAGCAUAUUGUUUUGGUAUAAACAAGGCUGAUAUUGAAAAUGACAACAGCUCAUCUCCUGUAACAACUUCGUCUGUACCUGACGACACCACCAGUAUACCUACACCUGAUCCUGUAACAACCUCGUCUGUACCUGAUGACACCACCAGUAUACCUACACCUAAUCCGUGCCUCAACUACUCUUCUCUCCCGAAUGCAUACGAACGUUACUAUUCAAAUGCCAUUAAUGGUUCCACGGAAAUUUACGUUCAUGACCGUCAUCUUACAGAGGGUUGGUAUCGGGCGGGAUACUCCCUAGACAUGCCAAAUGUCCCUCCCUCUCUUCUUCAUUGUGGCACAAGAUUUCCUGUCUGGAUGGACGGGAAAAUUCCUGAUACGGCUGAUGGUGUAGUGGAAAGAACGGCUUUUCUGGGUAUUGCUGUCGGUAACUAUUGUGUCCAUCAUUUACAAAUCCGUGUGAGAAACUGUGGACUUUAUAGAGUGUAUUAUUUAUACCCGACACCAAGCAAUGACGAGGCUUAUUGUUUUGGAAUGAAUAAGACAAAUUCCGUGACAACCCUUCCCACUUCGACAAUCCGUCCUCAUACCACUUCAUACGUGGAUCCCUGCUCAACUUAUGAAACACUUCCAAAUUAUGAGAGCCGCUUUAUUCAAAACAUGGUGAAUGAAACUAGCUUCUUCAUUGACGACAAGAAUUUGCCAGAGCAUUGGUACCGCGCGGGUAAUUGGGAUAUUCCACGCAAUGUGCCAAAUCUUUAUCACUGUGGAACUUUGUAUCCAGGAUAUUUGACUGGAUUGGUGCCAGAUGUAACAGCUGGGAUUGUAGACAGAACUGUAUGUUUCCUUGGUGGAAAUGACAACUGGUGUUACCACAAUAUUCCGAUAAGAAUUAAAAACUGUGGCAAUUACCGUGUAUAUCUUCUUAAACCAACACAAAGCAACAGCUCAGCCUAUUGUUUUGGGUCAAUUUCUAUCUCGACUCCUUCCAGCGUAUCAAGUACAUCAUAUCCUACUUCACAAACAACGGACCCUAUCCUCAACACCACAGGGUCAAGAGACUCCACCAUUGAACAAGAAACGACUGAAAAUUUGGAUUCCAGUCAAACACCUUCGGAUCAGUAUAUCAGUUUUGAGACUACAAAUUCUUUAUCCAAGAUGACGACGACAACACACCCUCCCCAACAAUCAACUACAGGGGGGAGUAUUCUUAAUAAUAGUACAAGCUCAUCACAAAUCAGUCCUGAAGCAGAAACCACAACAGAAUUGGAAUCCAACAUAACAUAUUCUACACAGUCCACACAACAACAAACAGUGACAAGUGUAGCAGGCUUCAACAUUACUGUUUCAGCCACCACUCAAACCACAAGAACAUCUCCUGUAACAACAUCGUCUGUACCUGAUGACACCACCAGUAUACCUACACCUGAUCCUGUAACAACCUCGUCUGUACCUUAUGACACCACCAGUACGCCUACACCUGAUCCGUGCCUUAACUACUCUUCUCUCCCGAAUGCAUACGAACGUUACUAUUCAAAUGCCAUUAAUGGUUCCACGGAAAUUUACGUUCAUGACCGUCAUCUUACAGAGGGUUGGUAUCGGGCGGGAUACUCCCUGGACAUGCCAAAUGUCCCUCCCUCUCUUCUUCAUUGUGGCACAAGAUUUCCUGUCUGGAUGGACGGGGAAAUUCCUGAUACGGCUGAUGGUGUAGUGGAAAGAACGGCUUGUUUUCUGGGUAUUGCUGUCGGUAACUAUUGUGUCCAUCAUUUACAAAUCCGUGUGAGAAACUGUGGACUUUAUAGAGUGUAUUAUUUAUACCCGACACCAAGCAAUGACGAGGCUUAUUGUUUUGGAAUGAAUAAGACAAAUUCCGUGACAACCCUUCCCACUUCGACAAUCCGUCCUCAUACCACUUCAUACGUGGAUCCCUGCUCAACUUAUGAAACACUUCCAAAUUAUGAGAGCCGCUUUAUUCAAAACGUGGUGAAUGAAACUAGCUUCUUCAUUGACGACAAGAAUUUGCCAGAGCAUUGGUACCGCGCGGGUAAUUGGGAUAUUCCACGCAAUGUGCCAAAUCUUUUUCACUGUGGAACUUUGUAUCCAGGAUAUUUGACUGGAUUGGUGCCAGAUGUAACAGCUGGGAUUGUAGACAGAACUGUAUGUUUCCUUGGUGGAAAUGACAACUGGUGUUACCACAAUAUUCCGAUAAGAAUUAAAAACUGUGGCAAUUACCGUGUAUAUCUUCUUAAACCAACACAAAGCAACAGCUCAGCCUAUUGUUUUGGGUCCAUUUCUAUCUCGACUCCUUCCAGCAUAACAAGUACACCAUAUCCUACUUCACAAACAACGGCUCCUAUUCUCAACGUCACAGGGUCAACACAAUCCACCAUUGAACAAGAAACUACCGAACAUUUAUAUGAUUCCAGUCAAACACCUUCGAAUUCUUCACAGUCAACCCAACAACAAACAGUUACAAGUGAACCAGGUUUCAACAUUACUGUUUUACCCACAACUCAAACAGGGAAAACGACAAGUGCUGCGCCAGACAGUACAGCUGUAACGCAAUCUUCUCAACAAACAAUCGGAAGAACUUCUGGUUCCAGCAUUACUAACUCGACAGAAAUGUCUUCACAAACAACAGGAAGAACAUCAUCUAUUUUAAACAAUACGACUUCUAGUAUUGAUUAUUCAACGAAGACCACCAGUAAUCCAGCAGCAAUUACUACUGUUUCGGUCUCUAGCACGACCGUCUGGACAAACCCGGAAACGGAUGUUAAAACGACACCCCACUCAAAUAUUACGUACCCAACACAGGUUACAAUGGAAGCAUCAGCAUCAACAGCAACUGCCUCUAACACUAUUAGCUCAACGCAACCCACUGGAACAACAGCUUCUGCCUCCAACGUCACGAAAACGUCACAGUCGACAUCAGUUACAAGUCAUCAAUUAACAACGGACCAGUCUUUGACAACAGACUCUGACACUACAAAGCCAAGUCAAUUCGUUACUACAUCACAAUCUUCCAUGAAGGUAACCACGACAAGACCCUUAGCUUCUUCCACAACAACAUCAGCAUCUACAACAUCCAUUAUUCAAGAUCCAUGCGUUUCUUACGUGAAUUUAACGAAUAUAGAAGCGAGAUUUCAUUCAAAUCAAAUUCCAGCUAACGCAAGCGAUGUUUUAUCUGACCACAAUCUUCGCUUUGGUUGGUAUGGAACAGGGCGAUAUGAUAUUUUAACAAUGCGACCCAUGAGAUAUCAUUGUGGAACUUUAAAUCCAAUCUGGAUAAAUGGAGAUAUUCCGGAGGAGGAGGAUGGUGUGGUCGAUCGAAUUGCCUGCAUUGUUGAUGAAUCAAACUGUGGGACAACUAUUUCUGUUCAAAUUCUUAAUUGCGGAGCCUACCGUGUUUAUAAGCUGCGACGCACAGUAAUUAACAGCGCAUAUUGUGUUUAUGAUGGCAGAUUUCCGACAACAUCUCUACCGAUAACCACGAAUCGAGUGAGUUCAACUGUCCAGCAAACAUCUUCACCAAACCCAACACUAUCCGAAGCAGAGGUAGAAGUGCACCUUGUUCCUGAAGGUAUAAGUGAAGUCUUCCAAGCAAAAUGUGCAUUCAACGCAAGUAACGCAGGUGAUGUUCGAUUUAACAUAUCAUGGUACUUUGAUGGAGUGUUCGAUUCGUCCUACUCAGCAACUUUAGAAAAUAUCCACGGAACCUAUAUAUACCUUAAGAGAAAUAAUUUCAUCACCCUUGGUAGGAAUAUCUCCUGCAGGGUUAAUAUGCUCAAUAACGGAGGAAUAGUUAUUGAUUCAAAGCGAAGUCCAGAAAAGUUUUUGGGAAUUAAGAUUCUCACACCUGUUGUAUCAUUUCAACGUGGCGAAGAGGGGAAAAUAAAAAUACAGCUGACUGUACCGAUUGGAUGUCUUCAAUUGGUCAGCCAGUGUGACGUCAUCCUUGCAAUGAUGGACCAAUCAGACGACCAAUGCACAGGUGCUGCUGUUUCCGGGCAAAGAGAUUGUGGAAUUGCUCUCAAAAGCAAAGAAUGGAACAAAAUUUACGAGAUCCCUGUAGGAGCUAUUGAAGAAGAAGGACACGAUUAUUCAGCCACCUAUGAAGUAAUCCUUAGGACCGAUGCCCACUUCCACCAGCCAAUAUGGGGACUGUAUGAAUUGCCACCAGUUAAGAUCGUUAUUGAAGAGGCUGUCGAUAAAGAAUGGUCCAAGAAAUAUUGCAGAGCUGUUAAUGACCCUCACAUCUUGACCUUUGACCAAAGGCCAUAUGAUGUACACUUGAAAGGAGAUUUUAUCAUGUAUGAACAUAAAUCGGCUCCCGUCCAGGUUCAGGCUCGAUUCAAGCCUUGCUACGGGAAUUCAGGUCCCCACUGUACCUGUGGUGUUGCGGUGCAGGCGGGGAGGGACGUAUUUGUGAUUGACAGGUGUCAGUCAGGUAAACGAAACCGGAAAAUGAUGUACACCUCUUGCAUGGAUCAUACGCUAGAAGUUAGGAAGAGACACGAUUACCUGUAUAACAUGUACACACCAUAUGGAACUAGGAUCCAAGUCAAUCUUCGUGGGAAAACAUACAUGAAUCUGCAAAUCUACCCCUCGAUCCGAGACGUUGGACAAACAAAGGGGCUUUGUGGAACUCUGUCCAAUGAAUGUGCAGACGAUUUCCUUCUACGGAGCGGGAAUUAUCUUAAUGAUCCUAUCGCUAACAAGACCUGCGGAAACUUUGGCUGGUCAGAUUAUAGAUGGGAACCAAACUCAUUUUCCAGCUCUUGGAUGGUUUCCGGAAAUGAAAGCCUGUUUGAGGACUAUGACCCGAGUAAAUCCGAAUGGCCGCGCGAGAGAUACCUAUGUGUCUGUAAGAAGAACGUCAUCAAAAUGAGAAUUGACGGUAGAGGGACUCCGGAUUGCUCCUCUAGUGUGGUUUCCAACUGUAACAGACGGCGGGAAAAAAUCGUCACAGUAGGCGGUGGUUGCGAGGUUAAAAGGUCAUCUUCGAAAUCCAUGUUUAGACAUUAUGACGUAACACGGGAACGCAGAGAGGAACCAAACCAGAGAAGGAUAAAAAGAUAUAUUACUUCGCUUGUGCCUCUGAACACAAUUGAGAAUACAACUUCGUUUUGUCACAACCAUUUGUUCAAAUCAGAGGCCUUUAAGUUGUGUGGCGAGGUACCUAACGUCAAAACGGACGAUGCUGUUCAAACCUGUGCCUUAGACAUCACUCUGACAAAUGGUUCUCUAGAGUGGGCUGAUAAUCCAAAGGAAGCUUUGAUCGACCGAUGUAUUUCAGAAUUGCGACUAAACAAAUCAUUGAACACAGAAAACAACGGCAGUUCAUCAGUGGCGGAAAAGAUAGAAAGCAUUGCGUGCCCAAACAACUGUAGCGAUAUAGGAGCGUGUGUCAACGGGACCUGCAUCUGUCCACCCCUCUAUGGAGCCUCCGACUGUUCCCUUAAUGUCUCCGUUCCGCCGGAGAUCUACGGAAUUGAAGGUGAUGGCUUCUGUGACGUCAGCCAAAUGUCAUGUGACCAAAUCCUCAUAGCAGGCGAUGAUUUUACAGAAACUGGAACAUAUCAUUGCAAGACAGAUGCUACGCAUAUACUUUUUGACGGUGCUACAUCACCUGGUGGACUAAAGCAGUUGAACGGUGACAUGCAGACUUUGAUGUCGAUUUCUUGUCCUGUUCCAAUCAAGGAGAAGUUUUCAUCACGCAUUUCAGUCAGAAUGAAUCCUUUGUUUGUACGGAUGUUCAGUGUUUCUCUUAGCAGCGAUGGAGAAACAUAUAGUCAAUCCUUUGAGUUUUACGAAUAUAAUUCUACUUAUCAAGAAUUCCAAAUACAGGAUGGAAAGCCACGGUUUUCAUUAAAGACUGGAUACUGUUUCAUCGACAGUCAAGGACUCCCUGAUGGAUGGCUUCGGUCUUCUGAUACAUGUAAUGUCUGUAAUUCCUCUGUGAAUAUCUUUGAUUGGACACCAGUAAACAGUAUGAGGUGUGAAGUUACACAGAUACCUGUAAAUAAAUCCUUCUUUGACUCAGACGAAUUGUACUGGUUGUUAGGUGUAGCCAUUGUCAUGGCUUUCAUCGUCAGUCUCGUUGUUUGUCAACAUCGGUUCCGCAGAAUUAAAUAUAAAAGGAGAUUUUCCUACGACGUUUCGUCAAAAUCAUCGACCAGCAGUAUCGAACUUCAAACCCAUAGCUUGUAUUGAAAUCUUUGAGUUAGGGAAGCUAUUGUGCAAACAUCACUAAACAUGACUGAAUAAAAUAAUCUAAUAGAAA